GCCCUCUCUUUCUUCGAUUCCCCAAUUUCACUAAACCCUAAUAAAACCUCCUCCCUCUUCUUCUGCCUGUAUUAGGGUUUCUCUCUCUCUCUCUCUGUGUAAACAAGCACGAGAACAAAGUAGAAGAAGAUGAUGUCAACAAGUCUCGUGCUUUUAAGAAAAUCCGCUUCGAAGCGAGCUUCUCUCGCCGCGUUGACGAGCUCCGUCGAAUCUCUCCUUAACAAUCACACUCGAAAACACUCUCAUUUCCUACCAUCUCAAUCUGAGCCCAUUGUUUCCAGAAAUGCUUCUUCCUCAAUCGACUGGUUCAGUGGAGUGGUUGGUCGAAGAAGUUUUCAUUCUGGGUCGGCCUUGAAUUUUAGGGUUUCUGUCCCUUUGAUGCAAACUGAGUAUGCCGUGGCUGAUUUCAUGGACGACGACAAGUCUGAUGAUGGUCUUGUGAUCGCUAAGCUUGGGAUAUCUGAUCAGAUUGUUUCUGCUUUGGAAAAGAAGGGCAUCACCAAGCUCUUCCCUAUUCAGAGAGCUGUGCUGGAGCCAGCCAUGCAGGGACGUGACAUGAUAGGUCGCGCUAGGACAGGAACAGGGAAGACCCUUGCUUUUGGAAUUCCCAUCAUGGAUAAAAUCAUUCAGUACAAUGAAAAGCAUGGAUGUGGAAGGAAUCCUUUGGCAUUGAUUUUGGCGCCAACUAGAGAGCUUGCUCGUCAAGUUGAGAAGGAAUUCUAUGAGUCUGCUCCCAAGUUGGAUUCACUGUGUGUUUAUGGGGGUGUGCCCAUCUCGCGCCAAAUGAGUCAGCUUGACCAUGGCGUUGAUGUAGUUGUUGGUACACCUGGACGGAUUAUUGAUCUGAUCAAGAGAGGCGCUCUGAAUUUAUCUGAAAUUCAGUUUCUUGUUCUUGAUGAAGCUGAUCAGAUGCUUAAUGUAGGCUUUGCGGAUGAUGUUGAGACUAUCUUAGAACAUCUGCCAAAGAAACGUCAGAGCAUGUUGUUCUCGGCAACGAUGCCAAAUUGGAUAAGGCAACUUACCCAAAAGUAUCUAAAAGAUCCAUUAACAAUUGAUCUUGUAGGAGAUUCUGUUCAGAAGCUGGCAGAUGGAAUUUCUCUAUAUGCAAUUUCGUCGGAGAUAUUUGAGAAACCAUCAAUUAUUGGGCCUCUCAUAACGGAACAUGCGAAAGGAGGUAAAUGCAUUGUUUUCACUCAAACAAAGCGUGAUGCUGAUAGAUUGGCAUAUGCCAUGCAAAAAAGUUUCAAAUGUGAAGCUUUACAUGGGGAUAUUUCUCAAAAUCAGAGGGAAAGAACUCUUUCGGGCUUCCGAGAUGGUCGUUUUAAUGUUUUAGUGGCCACUGAUGUUGCUGCUCGUGGCCUUGAUGUACCAAAUGUUGACCUGGUUAUACAUUAUGAACUUCCAAGCACUUCAGAGAUCUUUGUGCAUCGAUCUGGCCGAACAGGGCGUGCUGGCAAGAAGGGAAGUGCAAUUCUCAUUUACUCAUCAAAUCAAAUGAGGGAUGUCAAGACUAUUGAGCGGGAUGUAGGAUCCAAAUUUGUAGAGCUCCCUAGGAUUGCUGUUGCGGGUGGAACCAGCAUGUUCAGUGACAUGGGUUCCAGCCGUUUCGGCUCUUUGGGAGGUUCAGGUGGUGGUCGAUUUGGUGAUUCAGGUUUUCGUCGUUCUGGUGGUUAUGGUGGUGCUGGAUCUGGCCGUUCUACGGGAUAUGGUGGUCAAUCAUUUGGUCGUGGGGGUGGUUUUGAUGAACCUGGCUCCAGCCGUUUUGGAUCUGGUGGAUCUGGUUCAGGUCGAUCAGGCAGUGGGUUUGGUGGAUUUAGCCCAAGCCGCUCAGGCAACUCCAGUCGGACGGGUGGUUUUGGGGACAGUGGUUCAAGUCGUUCUGGUGGAUUUGGUGAUUUUCGCUCAACCCGACCCAGUAAUGGCUUCUUUGAUGACAAAAUAGGUGGUGAUCGGAACACGGGGAGGAACUCAUUCUAACUCUGUUGGGAGAAACGAGAAGUACAAAAGUUCCGCUUUGAGGAUUGGAUUGAGUCAGGCAACAAUGGGCUAUUUGGAGUAACCGGGCAGUUGCAGGUGGGGGGUUGUAUGCUCUACUAUUCCGUGCUUCUCUGAUCUGGUUCUAUUAGUAUUAAUAUAGUUGUCAUUUUAAGAUCAUAUUUUGAUGAAUGGUCUUUUGCUUAUGAUUAUUAGAUAUGAAAAGAAAGUCUCCUAUAUGUAAUCAAUCUUAAAUCUCAAUUUAUGGAAGAUACUAAUUUGUCUUUUGUCUCCAGCAGUGUAAUGUAUUCUAGGUUCUUGUUCAUAAUUUGUUUGAAAUUGAUUCAAAGUAUGAGAGAGUUUUUGAACA